AUAAUAUUAAUAACUCAUCUUAGAAAAAAAAUCAUGGGCUGGAAGAAGAGUCUCCCAUGGCCCACUAUCAUUUCCAUUUGUACGCGAUAGGCAAGUUUGGUCGCGUCGUCUCGCAGCAAAGAACAUUCUCAUCUCCUCUCUGGCUCUGAAGUCCGACCCAUCUGCGCUUUGCCGGAGACAAUAUCGACAGCAUCAUCGAAUCAAAACUCAGUACAUUUUAGAAAUGACGGAUUUCGAAAAUGAAAAGCCACUGAGAAAGAUAUCAGAGGCGUUUAAGGAGCUAGCUGCGACUGUAAACUCACAAUCUGCUGAUAUUGAAGUCGCUCCAUUCUCUCGAGCUUGCUCUCUCGUCUCUCCUCUUUUUGGCUGUUUGGGUAUCGCCUUCAAGUUCGCCGAGAUGGAUUAUGUUGCUAAGGUUCGUGAUCUUGCAGACGCAUCGAAAGUGAUUGUGACCUUGGAAGCCAUGCUGGAUAGGGACAUGGAACAGAAAACCGUGAGAAAAGCGGGUAGUCAUUCAAGAAAUCUUUUGAGGGUAAAGCGUGGGCUUGACAUGGUCAAGGUUCUCUUUGAGCAAAUUAUUGUUACAGAGGGGAAUUCUUUGAAGGACCCAGCUUCCAAGGCUUAUGCACAAGUAUUUGCUCCUCACCAUGGGUGGGCUAUUAGAAAAGCUGUUGCUGCAGGGAUGUAUGCCCUUCCUACAAAAGCACAACUUUUAAAUAAGCUGAAUGAAGAUGAGACCUCAGCCAGGAUUCAAAUGGAGUAUUAUAUUGCUGCAUCUGCACCAGUCAUUCUCUACAUUGACAAACUCUUCCUAUCUAGAGAAUUGGAUAUAGAUUGGUGAACAAUCUGACUUGUCACUGAUAUGUAUUUAUUGUAAUUGCGUUUUUCCUUUCAUUUCUCUUUUAUUCCAGACCAGCAAGUUCAUAUUUUUAUAUGAGACCUAUAGAGUGUAUUUAUUUGGCUUUUAAAAUGACUCAAAUCCUGCCAAAUAAUUGUGUCAUGCAAAGUUUGUUGUUGUUGUUGUU